AUGGUAUGCGUCUCUUUGUCAUCACCGUUGCCACGGCAGCAGCAGUUUGAGGAGGGAGCUCGUAUGAAGCGUCGCUGCGAUCCUCUGAGAGCUGACCACAAGCUGCUGACCCCUGACACACACACUCUGUCAGGGGUCAGGCUGCAUCCUGUCAUCCAGGUUGAGCCGGAGGGCGUGGCCUCUUCAUCAGGAUACCUGAGCAACUCUUCCAGCAGCGAAUCAGCCAUCAGGGCUUCUAGGCGACACCCAGCGGUGUCUCCAACUCGUUGUCUGCGAUUUGAGGAUGAGACAGAGACUGAGGUGGAGUCUCGUUACCUAGAGAGACAAUGGCAGAGGAGACGAGGGGGGCAGCGAGGGACGGGUGUCCUGGUCUCCAAACCGAACCUGAACCAGUACGUCAGCGGUAGAACGGGGAGAGGACCGACACCUGCAGGGGGCGCAGGGCAGUGUUACUCCUGUGGGACAGUUUUAGGAGGCGGAGUCAACCUGAACCUCCGUCGACACCGAUCUGCCCCUGAAGACCAAGAGCGGAGUCGGCACAGUUCCCGCCUCAACCUGCGGACUGAGCCUAUCAGAGAGACCUACAUUGGCUCUGUCACACCUGGUGAGACGGAUGGGAGGGGGGGGAGGACUGUGCAUGUUGCUAACAGCCAUGUGAGGAGGAAGAUCAAUCAGGUGGAACUUAAUGGAAACCAGAUGACCAUCCCUCAAGCCACACCCACUACAGACCUGCCAAUCAACCCCUACCCCUAUGAUCCGCUGACCGCGAACACCUCCAACUGCCUCUACUCCUCGUCUCCUCCUCCUUUGCCAUCAGUGAUGAUGUCACAGAGCAUCAGGCUAAACAGCACAAAGGCAGGGCAGAACCUGGAAGAGCAGGAGCCACCUGCAUCCAAGCCCCACAUACAGCUCCGAUCUGGGGCAGAGUUGAGGGAGAGGAGCCCCUAUGUAGAAGAGGGAGGUCUGGAUCUGAGGAGGAAGAACUCCUCCUCCUCCUCGGGGAGAAGCUCAGAGACAACUGCGGAGAGUCAAGCCCCGCCAAAAUCAGGCAGCAGCAGUGAUCGACAGGCUAGACAGCCAGUCAGAGCAGAGGUUCAUGUUGACGACACUUCAGUUCCUGAAUGCUUCAUCAGCAGAGACGAACCCUCUCGUCUUUCUCUACGUCGUCUCUUCUCCAACGUCAGACUGAGCAGAACUCGACCUGGCAGCCUUGACCGCCUCAGCUCUCGGCCCCACCCCUUAGUGCCUGACCCCACCCUCCCAGAUUCAAGGAAGUCCUCAGGCCUGCUGAAGAAAACACCAUCCGUUCAGUCACUCGGUGUGGUUGCUGCAGAGAUGUCUCAGUAUCGAGGACGUUGGUCGUCCCUCUUCAGUCCGUUCUGUCGGUCGAGUUCUUCAGGUUUGUUCUGA